AUGAUUGUGCCGCAAAAUCCCAAUCCUCAGGCAAACGGAACUAGCGAAUUCCCCAGCCCCGUGCAGAUUUGGUUGAAGCAACGAAUAAGAGAAUUCAAUGAGAAAAUGGGACUGGAAAAGUCUGAAAUCAACAAAUACUAUCAACAAAUGACGCUACUGCAGGAACAAUACGACAAGGCAGUCGCAGAACAUCAAUCGACUGCGGAGAAGACUCGAGAACAGAUAAAGAAUCUCGAAGAUCAACUCAGUCAGGCUCAACAACAUGUUGAACGGCAUACUAAGGCAGCUCGCCGUUUAGGACGAGAGCUCAAGGAGCAGAUCAAUGUGACUCGAGAGGGCCAGAAGCAGAGAGAGCAGCAGUUGGACAUAUCCGAGAAGAAAAUACAGGAUCUCAAUAAUCAACUCAGCCGGUCUCUAACCGAGAAAUUGAAUCUCCAGGGGCAACUUGAUUAUGCUUUGCAAACCAGCCAAGAUCUCCGGAAGCAGCUGGCGGAAGCUCAGCAGAAACAAGAAAAAACGGAGCAGGACGAGGAAAAGCUCAAAGAGUCUCAUCAACAUACCCCGAACCUUGGAAAGCGACCAGCGGAUUCACAACAAGCCCCGGGCCAACAAAUGGAACUCUAUGAGAGUCACCAAAGUCACAUGGAGGAAGAUCCGAAUAAGCAAUCCACUCAGGCUGGAAGGGGAAGAGACGAACAAAGCCAAGACGAGGGCAUUGGCGAACCCAAGAGGGACAACAGACGAGAGCUCUGGAGAGAGCCACGAGAAAGUUGGAGCGCUUAUGGACCACAGGGGAUGGACAUCUGGAUUAAGGUGAGGUAUGUCUAA